AUGCUAACAAUACCACAUCCAAAAUCUACAACAGAAGAUUCCGAAGAGCCUCAAAACGAGAAGAAAAUCUAUGUAUCAACGCCUUACAUCAAAGGUAUCUCGGAACGCCUGCAAAGAGCGUUCAAGUCACACGAUGUUACACUUAUUCAUAAACCCGUCAAUUCUUUAAGAUCACAAUUGGUACGUGUCAAGGACACAACUGUCAAUCUCAAGAAAUGCGGUACUGUGUACCAGAUCCAUUGUGAGAAGUGUAACAAGGAGUACGUUGGCGAAACGGCCCGCGCUCUGGAAAUCAGAGUGAAAGAACACCAAUCAAGAAGUUCAUCAGCUGUUCACGAGCAUUGUCGCCUAGAGGGCCACUCGGUGGACCCAAAUAAGAUAAAAGUACUAUCAACCGAAGUUAACACCUUCAAACGCAGGAUAAAAGAAGCUAUUCAAAUUAAACUU